AAGCUUUUUGACUGACAGCGGAGUGCCAAAAGGCGCAGACUCACUCCGAUUGGCCGGAGCGCACUUUACAACCUCCUCUUGUUUCCGAGCUCCGCACAGCCAGAGCGCUUUACCUCCCCGAACUCUAGCAGGAGCCAGACGCACCAGAGGAGCGCGACGGAUCUGCAGCCAGAGGAGACUGCUCCUGGACUUUACUCAAGCCAGAAACUCAACACGUUUUACGCACGUCGAUCAUCAGAGCUUUAUUUCUAUAUUUGUUUCUUGUUAUUACUCUUUUACUAAUUUUAUUGUUGCAAAAAGAAAACAUGAGGUCUGCUUCUGAAUCGUUCUGGGGGUCGAUCCGGCUGGCUGUGACAGUGGCGCUCAUGUCAGCGUGCAGAGCUACAGAAUACGAGUACCUCAGCUGGAGGCCGGACACAUACAGCGGCGGCCCCAACUACGGCAAGCCUCCCCAGUGCGUGGACAUCCCGGAAGACCUGCGGCUCUGUCACAGCGUGGGCUACAGCCAGAUGUUGCUGCCCAACCUGCUGGAACACGAGACCAUAGCCGAGGUGAAGCAGCAGGCCAGCAGCUGGGUGCCCCUGGUGCACAAGAACUGCCACCCGGGCACGCAGGUCUUCCUCUGCUCGCUCUUUGCGCCCGUGUGCCUGGAUCAGCGCAUCUACCCGUGCCGCUGGCUGUGCGAGGCCGUGCGGGACGGCUGCUACCCCAUCAUGGAGGCGUUCGGCUUCCCCUGGCCGGAGAUGCUCACCUGUGACAAGUUUCCCCAAGACGAUGUGUGCAUUGCCAUGACGCCGCCCAAUGCGACCGAGGCCACCAAUCCGACAGAUUUCCAAACCAUACCCCUUCUUUUAUCCACAGGUUACUCCGACAUCUGCCCUCCAUGUGACAAUGAAAUGAAAACAGACGCCAUGCUGGAGCACAUGUGUGCCAGCGAGUUCGCUUUCAAGACCAAGAUCAAGGAGGUGAGGCGAGAAAACAUGGACCGAAAGGUGAUCCUGCAGAAGAGGAAGAAGAUGUUGAAAGCGGGGAACCUGAAGAAGAAGGACUUGAAGACGUUGGUGUUGUACUUGAAGAACGGCGCCGACUGCCCAUGCCAGCAGCUGGACAACCUGGGAAACCAGUAUCUAAUCAUGGGCCGCAAGGUGGAUAAGCAGUACCUCCUCACAGGCAUCCACAAGUGGGAUAAGUCCAGCAAAGAGUUCAAAAAGGCCAUCAAGAAACUCAAGACCUACAAAUGUCCCACCUUCGAGAACGUCUUCAAAUAAUAUGACCUCCCCCCCCACACACACACACCUCCUUUGGUCGCAUCUCAUCCUACAUAUGAACUUGCACAAGCAUUAAAAUCCCAAACUUUGCUUUCUAUUGUCCUGUUUAUAUAUCUAUAUAUCUUUGUAUAUUUACAGAUAUACUUUGAAAUGUCCAUUAAGUUUUAGUUGAAUGUGGUGAGUGAUGACACCACAAAAAAAGGGUUGAGUUUCCUUUUUUCCCCCUCUGCUUAAGAAAAGGACAUUGUAGUAAAAGCCCUUCCUCACUGAAAUCAUUUGUGUAUGUAGAUACUUUGUUACACACUUUCAUUCAACAGGUCAGUGGAUUUUGAUCAAAGGAAUAGUUAGACAUUUUGGGAAAUACACUUUUGCUUUAUUACUAAGAGCUGGAUGAGAUGAUUGAUACCAGUUUUAUGUCUGUACAUAAUAUGAAGCUAGAGCCAGCAGACAGUUAGCUUAGCCUAGCAUAAAGGGGAAACAACUAGCCUGGCUCUGUCCAAAGUUAAAAACCCAUAAAUUGUUGUUUGUACAUUUUGGUUUUGGUACAGAUUAAAUACAUUAAAUAUAAUCUGUUAAUUAGUGAGCUUCAGAGGUGCUGGUAGGUGUAUUUUUCUGGACAGCUAGUGGUUUCUUCCUGCUUCCCGUCUUUAUGCUAAUGUAGGUUAACCAUCUGCUGGCCCCAGCUUAUUUAGCGUAGGGACAUGAGAGUGGUAUUGAUCUUCCCAUCUAAGCAAGAAAAAUGUUCAACUAUUCUGUUAAAUCUCUCAUUCUGAUCAUAUCAUAAUAAAUCAUAUAAUCAAUGAUUAGACUACAGAAUUGGCAGUUGUAGGUAAAGUUAUUUCGAGCUUUAAAAGCCACACUGUACAGAGCAGCUCCACACAGAGUUCCUGUUGAAUAAGUUAUUGACAGAAGUAUGAGAGAGUGCUGCCGUCAGCUGAUUGUUCUGUCAAACUAAAGACUGCACUACCAAUAUUUUGAUAAUUUCCUUUUAUUUUCUUCAUUUCACUCUUACAUUUCUUUUUUGUUACUUGAAAAUAAUUUAGAGAAUCAUAACCACCAAUCUACAUCAUGAGAUAGCAUGUAGGCCUGUGUGGCAGAUUUCUUGUCGUGCAUUGUCAGCUGACAUUUGGCUAAAUAUUUGUAACACUUUUCUGUCUCUCUACAUCCAGUCUAACUGCAGUAAUCAGUAUUCAUUGGUAAUGAAAAACACCUUGUAGUCAUACAUGUUUAAAAGUGCAGAAGUUUGCCAACACUGUGUUCUGGCUUGUUUUGCUUAAGUGUUGCUGGCCCAUUUUAGCACUAUUUUGUUUCAGAUUUGAUUGACAGCGGUGCAUUGCUGCCUAUUACAUGUACAUACAAGUUUUACAUAAAUAUGGAAAACUGAA